ACACCAGCUCAGACACAAACCCCAAUUCUCGAAAAUUCUUUCUUUAUAUAUAUCUUUCUUCUUACAGUGUCGUAUCAGAAUUCAGAUCAGUCUUCAACGAUUCCUUCAAACUUAAUUCGAUCAUCAUUGUCAUCGUUUUCUGUCUAACAUGGCAGCCUUCACCUCAUUCCCACUUCACUCAUCGCCGGCGGCGCCCACCACCACCACCGCCGCCGCCAUUAACAACAGCGGUUAUUCCCAAUUAUUCCCCCACCUGACGCUGCCUGAAAACCCUAACCCUGAAUUCAACACCGCGGCGGCGCCGGCGCCGGCAAUGGAUUCCUCUUCCGUCGUGACGGACAAGUACGGCGGCGGCGGUGGAGGAGGUGGUCCGAAGGCCGCCGCCGCCGCCGGAAGGAAGAGAAAAUGCAGGGUGGUGCAGGGGUCGUCUUCUGCAAAUUCCGCACAGUCGAAGGAGAAGGCUACUAAGAGAAAGAAAAAGAAAGAAGAAGACGAAGACGAAGACGAAGAAAAAAAUAGAAAGAAGAGGAAAUUAGAAGAAGGUCGGAAUCGGACAGAAUACAUUCAUGUCAGGGCGAGGAGGGGCCAAGCUACUGAUAGCCACAGCCUUGCUGAAAGGGUGAGGAGGGAGAGAAUAAGUGAGAGAAUGAGGCUGCUGCAGGCACUUGUUCCUGGAUGUGACAAGGUAACUGGAAAGGCCCUCAUGUUGGAUGAAAUUAUCAAUUAUGUUCAGUCCCUCCAAAAUCAAGUGGAGUUUCUAUCAAUGAAGCUUGCUUCACUGAAUCCUAUGUUCUAUGACUUUGGCAUGGACUUAGAGUCAUUCAUGGUCAGGCCUGAUCAGGAUUUAAUUAAUUUGCCAACCAUACAAGAAUGCAGUCAGCUCCCACCAGCCAACAACAACAAUAAUAAUAAUAAUAAUAAUAAUAAUAAUAAUAAUAAUUUGUAUCUGCUGGAAAAUUCUGCCAAUUCCAUUCUUUCCCAGGGAAGUAGACAGCCCUUGUGGGAAAUGGAUGAUCAAAGACAAAAGAUUAUUAAUUUGCAGAGUGGACUCAACAGCUUGUUAUCAUUCCAUUAAUAUUAUUAUUAUUAUUAUUAUUAUUAUAAUAAUAACAAUUAGAAAGAAUAUUUUGGUAAACACUCAUUAGUUAUUCCCAUUAGUACUUUUAUUUAGUUAUUUAAUUAUUUAUGUGAUAAUUAUUUUUUUGCACAUUCAGUUAAUUUUGUUUCCUAACCAUAUCAAUAAUAAUAGUUUAUAUGCUGGUUAUGUUCUUUUA